AUAACAAGCACAUACCCAUCCAUUCUCCUGACUUCUAACCCAAAAAAAAAAAAAAAAAAAAAAAAGGAAAAAGAAAAGCUAGACUUGUGAAAAUUUAGCAUUUCUUCCACCUUUUUUUGUGAGUGAAAGAUUAAUGGGUUCGAUCACCUUCACACAGAAGCCUCACGCAGUGUGCAUACCAUUCCCUGGUCAAGGCCACAUAACGCCUAUGCUUCAACUUGCUAAACUCCUCCAUUACAAAGGCUUUCAUAUCACCUUUGUUAACACCGAGUUCAACCACAAACGCCUCCUUAAAUCUCGAGGUCUCAAUGCCCUCAACGGCCUCCCUUCGUUUAGGUUCCGAGCCAUCCCAGAUGGCCUCCCUCCGACCGAUGUUGAUGCCACUCAAGAUAUACCUUCCUUGUGUGAUUCCACCAAAAGAAACUGCUUACCUCCCUUUAGAAAUCUUCUGUCCAACCUCAAUUCUUCAUCGGACGUCCCUCCAGUAUCGUGCAUAGUUUCUGAUGGUGCUAUGAGCUUCACUCUUGAUGCUGCUGAAGAACUUGAUGUUCCUGAAGUUCUUUUUUGGACAACAAGUGCUUGUGGAUUCAUGACCUAUGUUCAUUACCAUAAACUCAUUGAAAAGGGUUUCACACCUCUUAAAGAUGAAAGUUAUAUAACAAACGGGUAUUUGGAGACCAUAAUAGAUUGGAUUCCAGGUAUCAAAGAAAUAAGGUUGAAAGACAUCCCCACAUUUAUUAGAACAACCGAUAUAAACGACACCAUGGUAAAUUUUGUGGCGGCAGAGACCGAAAGAUCCAAAAGAGCUUCUGCCAUCAUUUUGAACACCUUCGAUGCCCUCCAGCAUGAAGUUUUGGAUGCAUUUGCAUCCAUUUUGCCUCCUGUUUACUCCAUUGGACCACUAAAUCUUCUGGUUAAUCAGAUUAACGAUGAUAACACGAAGUCGAUAGGAUCAAAUCUUUGGAAAGAGGAACCAGAAUGCCUCAAAUGGCUGGACACCAAGGAACCUAACUCUGUUGUCUACGUGAACUUUGGAAGUAUCACAGUUAUGACGGCUGAGCAACUGGUAGAGUUCGCUUGGGGACUUGCAAAUAGCAACAAAACAUUUUUUUGGGUCAUUAGGCCUGAUCUUGUAGCCGGUGAAACUGCAGUGCUUCCGGCGGAGUUUAUGGCAAAGACGGAAGAGCGAGGUCUGGUGGCGAGUUGGUGUCCGCAGGAGCAAGUUCUGAGCCACCCGGCGAUCGGGGGGUUCUUGACGCACAGCGGGUGGAAUUCGACUCUGGAGAGCCUGAGUGCAGGAGUGCCGAUGCUCUGCUGGCCGUUCUUCGCGGAGCAACAGACCAACUGUCGCUACUGCUGCAAAGAUUGGGGGAUAGGGAUGGAGAUAGAGAAUGAUGCGAAAAGAGACGAAAUUGAGAGUCUUGUGAGAGAGUUGAUGGAUGGUGAGAAGGGUAAAGAACUGAAGAAGAAAGCUCUGGAAUGGAAAAAGCUGGCAUUGGAGGCUUCUACUUCACCACAUGGGUCGUCUUUCUUGAAUUUGGAGAGUAUGGUCAAACGCGUUGAGUCAUCAUCGAAAUAUUAAUUUUUUUAAAAUUUUUUUUUUAGGAAUAAGUUAUUUUACCAUCAACAUCAUUGAUAUAAGCAUUUCUUUUUAAUGAAAUGCAUAUUAAGAAAAAACAAUAACAAAAUUCAUUGAUAAAAGUGAGUAAUUUUAUAUAUAUAUAGCUCAUAUGUUCGCGGUUGUGUGAUGUAAUUAAUUUAUGCGUCCUUAAAAGGAAUUGUAACAAUUGCUGUA